AUGGAAGGGCAAAAGUACGACUGGGCGAAUGCGCAUGCCCGGUUAUGGACUUCAUUUAAGAAGUCACAAGAGAGCAACGAUACACCCACUGCCAGGGGGGAUAUCCGCAUGCACUCUUCACCGACAGCUCCUUCUGUUCAUCUAAGAAACUCUGCUGCUGUUCGUGAUAUCACAACGGCAGUUCUAGCAGAGGCAAUGGGACGUGGAAAAGCUGAUGAACCUGUAUUUACCGAAGAGCUAGAAGCCCGCAUCGUUUGGCUGUUGGAAAAUGAGGGAGUGGAUUCUCCCAUGCGCGAUUUGUUGGGGGCGAUUAUGCAUUUGAAGAAGCGGAUAGAGAUGAGAGGUGGCGAGGUUGCGAUCACAAGUUCUAGAGUAGCUGACAUAGUUGGCGAAACUCUGUAUCACCUAACCGGAAGGAAAGUAUCUGGCCAUGUGAAUGAGGGUGCUAGUACGGGCAAAGACUUUGAUGACGUCAAUGAGAGCCCUUUCCUCAAAGUUCUCAUGCAGGUUGAGAAAUGUAAGAAGACCGCGCGGAAACUUGCGGAGAGGAAUGGGAUAUGCAAAAGUUAUGAUAGCGAGUCAUCGUUGGGGGAAAUACUUGAUAUGAUGAGCUCUUGCAGACCCUGUGCUGUGGAACGAACCAUAGAUGAGGAUAACAAGGAGACGUUACGACAAGUUAUGGACAUACUUGGGGCAUCCCCAGGGGUCCCAGUAGGCCAAGCACCUUCCCUGACGCUAAAGCUGACGAAGGACUUAGAAUUUGCUAGAAGGGACGUUCAUACCUGUUCUGCUCUUCUUCACCAAUAUGAGAAGGCUGCAAUGUCCCGAUUUAGCUCGUGCGGCGUUGUGUCGCCGCCUACAGUGGAGCAGGAACGGGCAAUAUUGCUGUCGGACAGACCUAAUGUAAGCGUUUCUUCUAACGAUCAGUGGAUCGAAAGGGAAUUCAAAGAUGUGAUAUCCAUUAUGACACAAGUAAAUCAACGUUUUCAUUUAAACAUCGUCCCAAAUCAUCUUAGGGGGUGGCCAACGAGCUCUUCAGCCGAGGUUGUUUUCGACCAUAUGCGCACGUCUCUCGAGUCUGCUAGGGAUAUGAUAGCUGCGCUAGCGGAGAGGGAGCAGGAGGUUCGGUCAAAGCUGGCCGAAAUAACACGAAAACUAAGGCACAGUGACGACCGCAGUGCGAGCGAGUGCAGUGACGAUAGAUUCUCGAGGAAGCUGUCAGAUGACACCGUCGUAAGUGGGCACAGCACUGCUAUCGAGAUGGCUCAGCAUUUGGGUUUGUUGGUAGAUCACCAGCUCAAGAAAGAGGAGAAUGUAAACCAGGAGUCUUUGCAGGGUUACAGAAAGAAAAUGAGGGAGAUACUGAUGCGAAUUCUCCGCUGGCUGCCUGAUGGUGAUGGUUCGUCGCAGGGGGAUACUGACCCAACGUGUUUGUCACCGACCAAAGCGCCGCAGGAUGAGGACGCAUUAGCGGGAUAUGUGGAAUCUGUUGUGCAGCGCUUCGCCGCGCAGUCAAAUGUUCCAGACACCCUUGUACCCCAUAUAAGGGAGUUGUGUACCAAUGUUUCUCAGCUAGCUGACAGUCUUGCAUGUGGAAAUGUUCAGUGCAUUGACGACUCAACGAUGACAACACUCCUCAGCACAGUGGACCAACUGCGGCGAUGGGUACUGGGGGAGCGUUGUGACACCCGUUCCUCUGCGGACAACGCGCUGAUUCAGCAGUGUUUGUGCGAGUUGGCCCAGCUACUUCCUACGGGAACGUCGCCCAGUUCGUGUGAAGGAGCUGUUGAAAUUGAGCCCCCUGUGAAUAACUUACUGGAAAUGGUGCAGCUGCUGAAAAGGCGACAGGAACAGUGGGUUCAAGAACAACACAAACAUCAGGCUUCAGGUGCAAAUAGCCGAAUGGAGAAGGCCCGCUUGGAGGAAAUCGUGCGGGAGGGUGGGAAACAGCUCGUUAAGCGGUGCAAGGAGAUACUACUCAUUUCAGCUAACUCUGUGGAGGCUGAGGCCGUUAUCAAUGCCCUUUCUGACGAGCUCACGGAUGACGUCCCCGCCGUGAAAGACUGCGCAGUCGAUGCAGCACCAGGUAAUAACCAGGGGAGUACUGGAGCCCAUUCGAUAACUUUGGCGACUACCGUAUUUCGGGACCUGGACGAGCGCAUGAAACUCAUCAAAACGCGAUACCACCGGCUGCAGCAUGCCUACGAAGCAAACAAGGUGCGGCUCGAUAAUCUAAUUCAGUCCAAUAUCCCUCGUGGGAAGCGUUGGGCGCGCAUAUGCAAUACAGUGGGGGCGCUUUGCCGUGCCGUGGGUGUUGAAGAGCUCGCUUUUCGCCUUGAGCAUGAUGGCCGACCAGAGUCCCUGCAAUCACCCUCUGCUCCCACCGCAUCCGCAUCUAAUACUACUUCACCUGCUGCUGUGGCUUCGGCAUUCAAGCAAACACUCCGGGCUGACCUUACCAAAUCGGAUGCGGGGCAGUCGGUUACUGACGGGGAGUUGCUUGAGGCACUGAAGCUCGUUGAAUCGCGGCUCAAAGAUAAUACAGCUCUCUGUGAUCGUGUAAGUCAGCAGUCACGACUACUCUUGUUGCAGGAGGAGCGCAAGCAGUGGCGCGAGGAAGUGGUGACCUUCCGUCAGGCUAUUCAGGUAAUUUUGCAGCGGCUGGCAGAAGCGGGGCAGCGGAUCAAGCGGUCACUUUAUCUCUUGGGUACAGAUGAGUGUGCAGAGGACGAUGUGGUGGAGACGGUGCUGCGGGAGCAGGAAUGCCGUGACGAUGAUAAAAGCCGAUUAAAGCAACGGCAAGACGAAGGCGAUGGCGGUGACCCAGACAGUGAAUGGAACGGAGCCGACGAAGAGCGUCUACAGAAGCAACAGGAGGUGAAUGAGGAGGCGCUGGCUGUGCUGCUUCGGAAGUUUGGUAGAUGGGCUACUCGGCUGCAUGAGACGACUGAGGAUCAUCUGCACACUCAGAAAAAGUUGGUGAAAUACUUCGCUGCUGUUCACCGGUUCUUUUGCAACGCAAAUGUGGCUCCCCCAAAUUUAGAUUCAUGCACCGAAGCGCUUCUGGACAUCGACACAACACUCAUGCACUUCGCUGAUGGGAUAUUACCGGUUCUCGAUCGUGCCAUCGACGCCGCCCAGUCCAAGAGAAAAAAGAGGACCGGAGUUACCAGUUGUGGUAAUAAAGCGCUACUGAACAUUCUUAACAGCGGAAAAAGCAGCGCUGAUACCGGUGAUAGUGAAGCAUGUAGAACAGUUACCGGUGAGAAGGAUGAUGCGGAUGCGCGAAAUGAGGUGAUGUCGCUGUUGCUUCAGAAUGCGCCCGCUGAUCGUAUUCUUCCCGCAGACCACCGAAUUACACGACUGUACGAAAUGGUGGGAAAGUUGCGCACAAUGGUCUCCGGUCUGUUAAGUGUACGCUACUUAGCCAUCCCUGUUGCGGUCGGAAACCGGGGCAGCGGUGGAAACAGUGAUGAAUUGGUCUUCGCUGAUGGGUUCGGUGACGAUGACUAUAUUGAACUAGAUCUCAAUACGCUGCGGGCCGUUGGUGGGAAAGGUAGCAAGGAGGGUACUGCUGGAAUUGAAGGCGAUCAUAACAGCGGCUCAGGGGCUGCGGCUAACAUAGAGUCGAAGGGAAGUGAUGGUGCAACCUAUGUGUCUGACGAAAAGCUUCUCCGCAUAGUGGAGUCAAACGUGACCGCUGUUUACCAGGCUUUGGCGAAGUUUAGUACCGAUUACAAGCUCGCCGCCAUCUUAUUGCAAAAGGACACGGAAUCGAUGCAGCAUUUCAUCGCUGAAAUGCUCAAGUAUUACAUUGAACUCGAUGUGAAGCGAGGCUUUGGUCAGGACCCCGAAAUGCUUCGUGAACUUUACAUACUUAUCCAUGAACGUGCUAAGCGGCAACGCGGGUGCUACUUCUUCAGUCGCGUGGGUGGCGAGGGACCUUGCGUUUGGUCAGCUGCCCUUGAGCAGUUAAGUAGUGGCUUCAUCGGCAUCCUGGAAAAGCUUCACAAACGCACUGAAACAGCUGCAGAACUGCGUGAAUUAGUUGAUGACGUGGUGGAUAUUUGUGCUAUGUAUGUUAAUUGGGUGGAUACAACUGGAGCUACUAUCACUUCCCUUCAUCCCUUACCAGAAGAUGUUUUGACUGCUUGCAUUCGCCAGGAUGUUGUUGCAGAAGAGGAGGUGAUGUCUGUAGUUGAGGGAAAUCAGUUGCAGCCACAUGGUAACCAGAGUUGCGAUAGGUGCAGCGAUGCACGGGAUGAACUUGAGGUUGAAGAUGUUCGUGAUUCAGGGGAGGAGGUGCCGAAACCACCGCUUCCACCUGGCCAUUCCCGCCCAAAAGUGUCUCAUUUCAAGAAGGAUGACAUCGUGCUUAAAGUAAUCGCCCAUAUGUUUCAAGUGGCACAAGAGGUUCUUUCUCUCAGUGGUAGCAACAGUGAGAGAACACAGCAACUAGAAGAGCAGCUACAACUUCUACGCGAGAGUGUCGCUGUUGCGGAACAGGGAAGGGACAAGGCUUUAUCCGAAGCUGCAGUGUCACGCGCUGAGCUCCGACGGUGGAGGAGGCAACACCAUGUGCCAGAUGAUCAGCUUCAACCACCGCCCCCGCUGCCCAUAGUUCAACAACAUCAACAGGAGAAGAGGCCGAGCGGGUUAGAAAGACCGGUGUCACCGUCUCCAGUCACAACCAUCACCAUAGAUGAUGAAGGCAUUCACCCCGGCGUGGGCCGGGCUCCUCCGCCGAGUGCUGUUGCUCCUGGUAGGGACGACGCUCUUUUGCACGUUGCAGAGGUAAUGAAGGAAUUGACUGACGAGCUGCGUGGUGUUUGUGGGCGCCGUGGCUCGGACAUAUCUUACCCUCCCGUGGCAACAGUUCUGGACUCUACAUCGAAAACGCUAACGGCGUCGGAAGGCUCAAGGCGAAGGGUUAUGAUGGAUACUGAGAGUGAUUUUUAUAGUGGAGCCUCUGUUUCCACUGCCGCAUUUCAACGGGGUCUUGCAACAAGGGGAUCUACGGCAGGGGCGCCCUUGGUGAGGGAGCAAAAAGGAAAUGCCAUGCAAUAUGGCAAGAGUUCUCCAUCUUUCGCUCCUCCCACCACUCCACCACGUUCAGGUAAUAAGGAGCUGUCCCCCAUGGGUGAGAUGAGUGCAUCGCCCCCGUCCUUCCAACCACCAUCACAAGGUCUGCAGAUACAGCAGCGACCUCAGGGCAUCAUUCAAUCCUACGACGAAGGAAGACACUCACCAGCAGCAAGAGACACAGUUGUCUUAGCUUCUGGGGGGACGAAGUACACAACCCGCGCUCCAUCUACCCAACACUACAGAUCACACAGUGAAGGUGUGAAUGCCCACGAGCGUGAUGUGUCCACCAGGCAGCGGCAUGCCGGUCGCUCCCGAGGAGGCGCUGUCAGCGAUAUGGUUGGUGGCCUGCAAACCAAGUCAGACGGCAGGAGGACGACAUCCGCGACUCGGGCCCCUGUAACCCGGACACCUCCAUCGCUGUCAGCGGCUUUACGUGGUCAGUCGCCCCAAGCAAACCCUCGAACACCAGUCAGGGUGGCUGCGUCACCGUCCUCACUGUCAUCGGCAAAUGCUGCAGCGCCAACGGCAGCAGCACCAAUUCGUCGUUCUUCGCCACACUCCCGGAAGUAUCGGGACGGGAUGGAAGAGUUGAUGGAUGGCCUUUACGCCAAUUAUCACGCAUACCAUGACUGCGUUUGUGGAAACCAGCCAAAGGGACACCAUGGAUCUGGGGUCUUGAAAUCCACGAACCGGCCAGCUGCGGUGGUAGCCAGUAGACAGCGCGCCCGAAACCGGAAGCCCGGCACCACUGGAGAUCGUUACUGUGAAAACGUCAAGCGGUCCCCCGGUGGCUCGCUGUCUGUUCGCACCACCGUGUCAGGAAAGUCGUAUGCAGCUGGCGGUGGACAAGCCCGGCCUCGUAGCAGUAAUGAAGAAGACUACACCCUGCAUAUGAGUUCCUUGCAUAACACCGGUAGUUCCAUCGUUAUUUCACCGGACAGUACCGCCGCGUACCCCGAUGUUGGGGAUACAGACGCUUCGCGCCGCGGCCGCGACCGGCGCCAGAUCGGCAAUGAGGCGCAAGGGCUCUUUUUUCGUGGAUUAGAACGUGAAGAGUCGCUGCGCGGCCCCGCGAGACCAGUUAUCUCUGGCACUCGAUCGCCAUCGCGUGCACGCGAUGGCGGAGGAUUGAGGGGGAUAUUGAAGCAACAGCACCACCAAAGGCAAUCAACAGUGACGCCCACCCGCAGGGUGAGCUCGUUAGGGUACGGUGUUAACGACUACGCCCAUGGUGCUAAUUCAAAACAGCUGCUAGAUGUUGUAGCUCGGACAAAGGUGGGGAAACGGGAUGAGUUCUGA